GUAACUUCGCAUCGAUCCCUUUUCUUUCUCUUCUACCGUUUAUAUUCUCAUUUUUUUUUUCCAAAAGGAAAUGGCCUCAAGUUCUAUGAGCUCGAGUUCAUCUUGGACGUCAAAGCAAAACAAGAUGUUCGAGAGGGCUUUAGCCGUUUACGAUAAAGACACUCCCGACCGUUGGCAAAACGUCGCUAAAGCUGUUGGAAGUAAAUCUGCAGAGGAAGUCAAACGUCACUACGACAUCCUCGUUGAAGAUCUCAUGAACAUCGAACAAGACUUAGUACCUUUGCCUAAAUACAAAACCGUCGAUGUUGGAAGUAAAUCAAGAGGCAUCAAUGAUUUUGAUUUGAGGUUAAUGAAGAAUAUGAGAAUCCAGUGAAAAAAGUCUGUUACGUUGAUGUGAAGAUUGCUAUGUAAAGAUUCGAAGGAAUAUGUUUCUUAUUUGCUUACUGAUGAGUGUAUCGUUGUUCCCUUUCCAUUGUGCUUCUUAUUUAUUUAAUUUACAUAUAUCAUGUAGCUAUUGUGGUUUAUCCUAUUUAUAUAUAAUUCGAUUAUUAAAUCCU